AGAAGACAGACACUGUAUCCGUGAGAAUAUUGUAGAAGCCAUUAUUCACUCUCCUGAGCUGAUCAGAGUACAGCUUACUACUUGCAUUCACCACAUCAUCAAGCAUGACUAUCCUAGUCGCUGGACUGCAGUUGUGGAGAAGAUUGGUUUCUACCUCCAGUCUGACAACAGUGCUUGUUGGCUUGGAAUUCUUCUUUGUCUUUAUCAGCUUGUGAAAAACUAUGAAUACAAGAAACCAGAGGAGCGAAGUCCUUUGAUAGCUGCAAUGCAACAUUUUCUGCCAGUUCUGAAGGAUAGAUUCAUUCAGCUCUUGAAUGAUCCAUCAGAUCAGUCUGUACUCAUCCAGAAACAGAUCUUCAAAAUAUUUUAUGCACUUGUCCAGUACACAUUACCUUUGGAGUUGAUAAAUCAGCAAAACCUGACUGAGUGGAUAGAAAUCCUGAAGACUGUUGUCGAUAGGGAUGUACCAGCUGAAACCCUUCAGGUUGAUGAAGAUGAUAGACCUGAGUUGCCUUGGUGGAAAUGCAAGAAGUGGGCUUUGCAUAUCUUAGCUAGGCUUUUUGAGAGGUAUGGAAGCCCUGGGAACGUUUCCAAGGAGUACAACGAGUUUGCUGAAGUGUUCCUGAAGGCCUUCGCUGUUGGUGUUCCGGUGUUGCUGAAGGUGCUGUAUCAAUACAAGGAGAAGCAGUACAUGGCUCCGAGAGUUCUGCAGCAGACACUGAAUUACAUCAAUCAAGGAGUGUCACAUGCAGUCACCUGGAAGAAUCUGAAACCUCAUAUUCAAGGAAUUAUCCAGGAUGUUAUUUUUCCAUUGAUGUGCUAUACAGAUGCUGAUGAAGAACUUUGGCAAGAAGAUCCUUAUGAAUAUAUUCGCAUGAAAUUUGAUGUAUUUGAAGACUUCAUUUCUCCAACAACUGCUGCUCAGACAUUGUUGUUUACCUCGUGUAGUAAAAGGAAAGAGGUGUUGCAGAAGACAAUGGGCUUUUGUUAUCAAAUCCUUACGGAGCCCAACGCUGACCCGCGUAAGAAAGAUGGUGCUUUACACAUGAUUGGUUCCUUGGCUGAGAUUCUCCUAAAAAAAAAAAUCUAUAAAGAUCAGAUGGAAUAUAUGUUGCAGAAUCACGUGUUCCCUCUCUUCAGCAGUGAGCUGGGUUACAUGAGAGCACGGGCUUGUUGGGUUCUUCAUUAUUUUUGUGAAGUCAAAUUCAAGAGUGACCAGAACCUCCAGACAGCCUUAGAACUCACAAGACGGUGUCUGAUAGAUGAUAGGGAAAUGCCUGUGAAAGUGGAAGCUGCAAUAGCUCUUCAAGUUCUGAUCAGUAAUCAAGAGAAAGCCAAGGAAUACAUUACUCCGUUCAUUAGACCUGUCAUGCAAGCUCUGCUGCAUAUCAUAAGAGAGACUGAAAAUGACGAUCUUACUAAUGUGAUUCAGAAGAUGAUCUGUGAAUACAGCGAAGAAGUUACCCCGAUUGCAGUAGAAAUGACACAGCAUUUGGCCAUGACGUUUAACCAGGUGAUCCAGACGGGCCCUGACGAAGAGGGCAGUGAUGACAAGGCAGUGACAGCAAUGGGAAUCUUGAAUACUAUCGAUACACUUCUCAGUGUAGUUGAAGAUCACAAGGAAAUUACCCAGCAGCUGGAAGGGAUCUGUUUGCAAGUGAUUGGAACAGUUUUGCAGCAGCAUGUAUUAGAGUUCUACGAGGAGAUCUUUUCCUUGGCUCACAGUCUGACCUGCCAACAGGUUUCUGCACAAAUGUGGCAGCCUUUUUUUCAGGAUGGUUUUGAUUAUUUUACUGACAUGAUGCCUCUCUUGCAUAAUUAUGUAACUGUUGAUACAGAUACACUUCUGUCAGACACAAAAUAUCUUGAAAUGAUCUACAGCAUGUGCAAGAAGGUCCUGACAGGAGUUGCUGGAGAAGAUGCAGAAUGUCACGCGGCCAAGCUGUUAGAAGUAAUUAUUCUGCAGUGCAAAGGACGUGGCAUUGACCAGUGCAUACCCUUGUUUGUGGAAGCUGCCUUGGAGAGACUGACCAGAGAGGUGAAAACCAGUGAGCUGCGAACCAUGUGCCUCCAGGUUGCCAUAGCUGCUUUGUAUUACAAUCCUCAUUUACUACUAAAUACCUUGGAAAAUCUUCGUUUUCCCAAUAAUGUGGAGCCUGUCACCAAUCACUUCAUAACACAGUGGCUUAACGACGUGGACUGUUUCUUGGGACUUCAUGACAGGAAGAUGUGUGUGCUUGGCCUGUGUGCUCUUAUUGAUCUGGAGCAGAUACCACAGGUUCUAAAUCAAGUUGCUGGACAGAUCCUGCCAGCUUUUAUCCUUUUAUUUAACGGAUUGAAAAGAGCAUAUGCCUGUCAUGCAGAGCAUGAAAACGACAGUGAUGAUGAUGAUGAAGCUGAAGAAGAUGAGGAAACAGGAGCUGGGGAGCGACGAAGAUGACAUCGAUGAAGAUGGUCAAGAAUAUUUAGAAAUUCUAGCAAAACAGGCAGGUGAAGAUGGAGAUGAUGAAGACUGGGAAGAAGAUGAUGCUGAGGAGACUGCUUUGGAAGGCUAUUCCACAAUUAUUGAUGAUGAAGACAACCCUAUUGAUGAAUAUCAGAUAUUUAAAACAAUUUUUCAGACAAUUCAGAAUCGUAACCCUGUGUGGUACCAAGCUUUGACACAGGGUCUGAAUGAAGAGCAGAGGAAACAGUUGCAGGACAUAGCAACUCUGGCAGACCAGCGACGGGCAGCACAUGAAUCCAAAAUGAUUGAAAAGCAUGGAGGAUACAAAUUCAAUGCUCCAGUUGUGCCAACUUCGUUUAAUUUUGGAGGCCCUGCCCCAGGAAUGAAUUGAAUUAUCACUUUUCCUGCUACUGUGUGAUUGUAGUGAAGAGCUUGUGUUCCUCCCAAUAGUGGUUCCAGAACUGGUUCAUGUUAUCUACAACUCACUCUAAACUAAUUGAUAAAUAGAUUGGACAAAAGCCCCAGAAGUGGGACCUGAUCAUGCAACCUAAUACUGGAAAGCAAACCAGAGGUUUUUGGAAGAUAGGAAGAAUGUGAAUUUAAAGCUUCAAAUGACACACUGUGGCGAUGAAAAAUCAAAGAGGGGAUGUCAUGAAGGCAGCUUUUCUUUUUCUGAGGAAAAAAACACAGACAUGGGCUGCAGGACUAUUGGAAAUGUCUCACAGUACAAGCUAAAAGGCAGACUUAAUUUUUACACCUGUGGCAGUAUGAGUGUUGGCCCAGUUUCUUUCCCUUUUGUCCCUACUAUUGGGUGUCUGUUCUUUUAAUGUAAAUAAGUUAAGGUAAUCAGGUAGCCUUACUUAAUCUUCAUCAUUUCCAUUUAUCAAGAUUGUUCAUAUGUAGAAUAUUGGACACUUAAUGUAGCACUACAUAACUGAUGAACCUGUAAAUUAAUUAGCACUUUCAUAUUGAAACAAGCCUGCUAGCCUAUGGACAAAAAUAGCAAAAUGUUUGCUGUUUAUAAAAACAAAAAAUAAGGGAUGUAUUGGGGAAAAUAAUUUCAAGUUAUUAAUUUAAAACGAACUAGCAGUUUUGUACCUGGUGACCUGGCGGUGCAGUCACCUCGGGUUGUGACUUGAAUUCGGUUCUGUGAAAAAGGGGUGGUGAUACUUCAUUGCUGCUAAAGAAAAAAUAGCAACA